CGCAGGACGAGUGACGUACGGCGUACCGACGUCUCGCUCGCACAUUGGCCGCACCAGGCAGCUCCCAAAGGCUUCCCGUGUGCUCCUCGCGUGAGGGUGAGGCCAGCAAAGAUGGCAGCACCUUCGCCCGCUCGACUUUCGAAUCUCUCCACGACCACUUUGACCAAAAUCCUAGAGCUCACUCGAACAAGGCAACUUGGUCUCGAGCCGUCUCCAUCGCUCGCAAAGACGAUAGCCAAGAACUUGAGCUCGCUACAUCAUUCCAUCGGAUUGCUAGAGCGGCAAUCCGCUGGCUCUACCGAGCCUGUCCUCGAAGGCCUACAGAAGCAGUAUGCUCGUUUGGUCGAGCUUGUGCAAGGUCUGGGCGUCCAGCUCGAGCACGAACCAACAAGCGCGUCGGAGGGACAACUCAUAUCGACCCAGACAGAGGAGGAGCAAGACCAUCUGCCGACACCUCAUCUGACCCGAACGCCAGUGUCGCCUAGCUUGCCUCAGCCGGAAGUAUUGAUGCCGCCUGCGCCGACGGUCAGGGUGGACAAGUAUUACGAUGAUCCGAGCGACGCGCUGGAAAUGGAUGAUGAGGAGAUGAGACGAGCGAAUCAGGACGUUGCUCAGCUACAGCAGAGGAUGAUGGCAGAUCAGGAUGAUACGCUUGAUAGGCUCUCGCAAGCGAUAUCACGUCAACGCGACUUGAGUAUGACAAUCUCAACCGAGCUAGAGUCUCAGGCACUCCUGCUGGAAGACACCGACACUGCACUUGAUAGCACAUCUGACCACUUGCGGCGAGCGAGAGGAAGGCUGGACCAGGUCGGGCGUAAAGCCAAAGACAAUCAGACGCUAUGCUUCUUAAUCACCGUGAUCAUACUGCUCCUCAUCCUCAUUGUCAUCCUCAAAUUCUAGUGUAGCUCCACAUCUGUAUGUUGUCAAAAGAGGUCGCAUUGGAUUCGAGAGCAAAAGCUACAACUUUGGGCAUUACUUGCUCAUCAUC